AAUAAUUAAUAAGGUGUGGUCUACCCACGUGUUGAUAUUAUAUCUAUACGCUUCUUUUUUUUCAUUUUUUGGUAGAAAUGAGCAGAAAGAGAACUCCCAACGAUUUCCUAAAGCAGAUAGCUGGUCGUCCUGUAGUCGUCAAACUCAAUUCCGGGGUAGAUUACAGAGGUAUCUUAGCAUGUCUCGAUGGCUACAUGAACAUAGCUCUUGAACAGACUGAAGAGUACAUAGGAGGACAGCUUAAGAACAAGUAUGGAGAUGCUUUCAUACGAGGAAACAAUGUCCUGUACAUCAGUACCACCAAAACAGCAAGAAGAUAAGAUCACACCUCAAGAAGGACGAGUUUCAAGCACCUCGAUAUUUCUUACAAGUCCAUCUCCUAGUAUCAUCAUGUCACUAAUUAUCACCUCUUUAUCAGGUGCAACGAGUAACUAUAGCAACUAAUUAAUAAUCAUGCAUAAUUAAUAUUAUUAUUAUACCUUUGAUUCUGAUUUACUGAUUGUUACACGACAUUGCAUGCCAUUCGGCUAUUAAAGUUCAAAAAUUAAA